AUGGAGCGCUCUCGGGCCUUCUGCGAGGCUGCCGGCGUGAAGAAGAGCCUCUUCGAUCAGGUGCGGAAGGGCUUAAUUCGAUCGUGUCCAUGCGUUCAUCGCAUUUUCUUCUCAGAUCGUUUUGGCGGAAAGAGGUCUUAAGCCGAACGCACCAUGAAAUAGCAGAAAGGAGGAAAGGGUUCCCUUUCCACUGCUGCCCACUGCAUGAUGCAUGAAUCUAUCUACUGAUACUCUUGUGCUUUUCUUUUGUCCUUGGAGGCAUGAGCCUCGGCGAGCGCAGACCAUCUUCUGACCUAGUUGAGCGCAGAUUUCUUUCCCCUGGGAUCCGGCAUUAUGAACUGCAUUCUAAUUUAUUUCUCUCGAAGGCACAGGCCUUCCGCGUCCUCGUUCUGUGUCUAACCUCUAUUUUCAACCAUCGAAACAGGGAUUCCUGGACGAGCAGUUUCGGCAGCUGGAAGAACUGCAAGAUGAUCUAAGCCCGAAUUUCGUGGAGGAAGUCGUGAAUUCGUUCUUCAGGGACUCCGCCAGACUGAUGGUCAGUGUUGAGCAGACUCUGUGAGUAUUCGCAUGCCGCAUGAUGUUUUUCUUCAUUCCGUGACCGUCUUUCCGAUUCCCGCAAAGGAUAUAAUCGCCCGCAAUCUGUUGCCGCCAGGGAGAACGUUCCUCACAAUCUCACCAGAUUGGACGAACUGAUUUAUCAGCUCAAGGGCAGCUGCUCGAGGUAAGAGAGGCCAAGAGCGCUUUUCUUGAAGUUCAAUUCAAGAAUGUAGUAUUCCUUUCCUUUCCCAGAAAACACUCAACGCGCUAUUUGAAGGAGUUGUGCUCUGCGGCUUCUUCUGCAUCUGGAUAAAUUUCUGGAUGGACGGCGCACGAAGAGUGACUAGCUCGUGCCCAUCUGCAAUUACAUCCCAUGCUGAGUAAUGGGAUGAAAUGGGUCCAGAUUCCACUCACAGAUCGGCUGUGGGACGGAAACCCAGGAAAGAAGGCUACUCAUUUGAAGAUAUUCCGCGAAAAUGCUGGGAAGCAUGACGAUAUUUUCUUCCUUGAUGGCAGCAUCGGAGCGGUGAGGGUGCGAAACGAGUGCUCAAGGUUCAGAGAAUACUACAGCCAGAGAAACGCCCAGGGGUAUCGGCGCUCAUCCCCGUCUCCCCCCUCAUUCACUCUAACAGUGAUGGCGGCUGCUUGUUCUUUCCAUCUGUGAUGUUUCUCAUUUCGUCGUCAUGCAGAUGCCUGGCUUCGUUUCGGAGGAUCAAGAGUGAGCAUGCUGCUCUGAGGCAGAAGCUGGAGGCCUAUUUCCAGGUGCGUUCGUCUCUUUCGAAAAAAAGGUUCCUCGCCGGAGCCAGGAAGACGCCAUUCCAUUCGACUUAGUUCCUUCUCCUGCCGUCGCUCUGCAUCGGAGGUGUCUUUUCUUCCUUCAGAUGCUGCGGUAGGCGGAGCACUCUCGCGAUGGGCACCCCCGCCGACUGAUGAUCCGGACUUGGACGUAGCCAAGCGGCGAAAAAGAGGAAGAAGAAGAAGAAGAAGAUGAGAGAGUUCCCCUGUGGUGUAGUUGCUUGCGUUUAAGAUGGUCUGUAGUUUUUGUGGAUAGUGGUACCAGUUGAUGGAGAUCUGUUGUUACCCUCUACGCUGCUGUUCCUGUGAGCUAUGCCCCCGAGCUUGUGCAUAAUAUUAAUAAUAAUGAUAAUAAUAAAGCAGCUUCCAAAGACUCUUACCGAUCGGAGAAAACACGCAGGAAGCACCCGAAGGAGCAACUGGAAUCCAGAUCCGGAGAGUUUGAUGCUAACCGCGAGGGGAUGGAUGACGGGGGGUCUAGGCUCAAUCCCUACGCCUGCAUCUCCACCAUGCCGUGGGGCUCCCACCGGGGCGUCUGCCGCUGCAUGCCCCAGGAGUAGCAGAACGCCGCCUGCUCUACCUUCCGCCUCCGCCCUGCGGCUCCUUCUCCAUGGAUCCUGCGGGCUCCGAGGAGUGGAGGAAGAACUUCAUGACCGCCUUCCUUGUCGCGUCCAGCACCGUAUGGGGCAUGCGGUUCGAUCGAGAAACCGGCGCCAACGUCGAGCCUCCGAUGCUCUCCCCUGACGAAGGAGUCCUCUCUCGCUCAGCUCAGCUCAGCUCUCCUCGGCCAGCGCGUCUCCUCCUGGUCCAAUUCAGAGACGCCGACGUCUCCUCUCGCGUGCCUCCGACGGCAUGCAUCGUUGAGGACGCGGGUUUUGGGGGGUUCCAGCGGCGAAAAAAGGCUUGUCCUUUCUGGGACUCCCCGGAGAUCUCCGGCAGCUGGUUAUUACGCGACGGUCUUAUAAGGUCGGCGACUCGGUCAACCAGUGGGACCCAGUGGUCGUCCUCCUCCACGUUGGAUCGGCAUCCGGCGAUGGCGGGUUCCCACGUGAGUGCGAGCCGGCGGGCUGGGCCGAUACGUUCUGUCGGCCGAAGCGUCGGGGCCCACGGUCUCUCACCCCUUGCUCCUCCUCGCCUUUUUAUUUGGCAAAUAUUUUUUUAUUAA